AUGAAUGCAAAAGCAUUUCAUCAUCGGCUUACAAAACGGGAAUUGCAAAAAGUAUUUGGCGUAGAAGAUAAAUUGCACGUUCCAGAAUAUGAGUUAAUCAAAACUGAAAGGCUUAAAUUCGGCGGUGAUGGCCUUCGUUUGAAAUUCAAUGCAUGGAAUUCAACAUACCGAAUUGAACUCCAACCGAAUCGUAAACUUCUGAGUCCACAUUUGAUAUCAGUGAUUCGUGAUGGUAAUCAUUCAGAACGUACCAACGGUCUGCCAUCCAAUCUAGAUUCUAAUUGUCAUUUUGUUGGUAAAGUGACAUCUCAUGGUGACGUUGCGGCAGCCAUUUCCAACUGUCACUCACUGAUGGGUACAAUCAUAAUGGAUGAUCACUUUCUUAUGAUACAACCCAUUCCUGAACGUUUAAAAGCUUAUCAGGUAGAAGAACAUGUUGUGUAUAAACGUGAAGCGGGUUUAAUGAAUUCAUUAGAGCGAUCGAUAGAAGAGCAAUUGAUUCGAUUGAACGACGAACCUCUCGGUGAUCAGUUCUGCGACGUUAGUAAGUCAAUUGAUGCCACUGAAGAGAUGAAUAAGCAUGCAGGUGAAGCACUAGCGUUCAACUAUACUUUACCGUCAGUGGCAAAACUUGACUCAUUAUUCAUAUUUCCACAACUCGAUCCGAUAACACUCGAAAUUGGUUUAUUCCUUGAUUCGAAGCUAUUCGAACAUUUUCAACGUGAAUAUAUCGGCGAUCCAGAGCAGCAUUUACUUGAUUUCUCAUUAGCGUUAAUUAACAAUGUGCACGUAUUGUAUCAGCAGUCAUCCAUGUCACCAGUUCUCGACAUUGUUAUCGUUCGAUAUGAACUUUGGAAAUCUCAACCGGCUGGAUUGGAAACACUAACACACAGAAAUGGACAAGCCCAAAUUCUGUUGAAUGGUUUUUGCCGACACCAAGCAGCUAUCAAUCCUGGAUCUGAUCUAACUGAUCCAGGUCAUUGGGAUCACGGAAUUUUACUGACUGGUUACGACAUUUACCAUACAACAACUUCGGUUGCUGGCGUAGCACCGGUGGCCAGGAUGUGUGAUGACAUAUUCGCGUGCAGUCUUGUUGAGGGUCUUCAUCUCGGUCGAUCGUUCGUUCUUGCUCAUGAAAUGGGUCACAAUAUGGGUAUGGUGCACGAUGGUGUUCAGAAUCAAUGCAGUCGGAGUUGCUGUUUGAUGUCAGCAGUUAACGGUGCUGGUAAAACAACAUGGAGUGAUUGUUCGGUGCGAGAAUUCAACGCAUUCCUCUUGCAACUCGACGAGAGUGGUCGAGGAAAUUGCUUGCGAGAUGCAGCCGGAAGGAUUUCAGUCUAUGAUCACUUGAAGAAUGGUCUCCUUCCAGGACAACGCUUCACAGCUGAUCAGCAAUGCUCUUACUUUUGGGGAAAAGACUACCAAGUGGAGAUUCCAAAUCACAGAAAAAUGGAUGAUAUUUGUCGUAUAUUGUGGUGUGGUAAUGGUGGAUCAACAAUUUCAACAGCUCAUCCGGCAUUAGAAGGCAGUUGCUCGUCCAUGAUGGUAAUCGACACCGCUGGGCCUUCUCUUAGACCGUUGAGUUCUUCAGUAUUGAAGUCGAAUAUGAUUGCACGAAAAUUCUGCAUCGAAGGCGAAUGCACCAAUUGGCGUUAUGGACCAAAACCGCUUCCAGUUGAUGGUGGAUGGUCAGAAUGGAGUGGUGCCGAUCAACGAUGUCCGAUAAGUCAAUGUCAGAUAACCGGAAGUAUUCAGUUGAAAAGUCAACUGAGAACAUGCACAAAUCCUGCACCGAACAACGGGGGGAAGCGAUGUAAGGGAUCAAAUAUACGAGGAUUGAUUUGUGGUAGCGUGCACUCUUCAUGUGAAGGAUUGUCGAGAUUGGAGUUUGGUACACGUUUAUGUACAUCCAUCAAAAAUGAUCCUGUCAAGCCUGAUCAUCAGCUCAGCGGACAGACGUUUCUUCACGGCACUCAACCGUGUAAAAUUUGGUGUCAUUUGAUUGGCACUGAAAUGAUACGGAACAAGGGGCAAUAUCCAGAUGGAUCGCCUUGUGGUGUUGGCGAAUACUGCAUUGGGGGAGCUUGUUUGGCAUUAUCUUGUGACAAUCAAGCAGUGGUGAGCGAUCGGCGAGAUUGUCCACAAACCGAUGCAGAGAGCUCUAAGGAAUCGGAGUGGACUGAAUGGCAGGAAUGGUCCACAUGUUCUGUGACCUGCGGCAAUAAUGGAUCUCAGACAAGACAACGAUCCUGUUCAUCUUCACAUGGGGAUAACAGUUGCACUGGAGCUGAAGAAGAAGUUAAACGAUGUGACCCUGAACCUGAUCCUUGCGAGGAAUAUUCAGAGUGGACAGAUUGGUCAACGUGUAGUGCAACUUGCGAUGGUGGAGUGCAAACACGACUUAGGAGCUGUAUGAGUAGUGAAGAUUGUUCUGAUGAUCUCAAAGAAGAGAGAAGUUGCAAUGAGAACGAAUGUCCUAAAUGGGGUGAGUGGUCGAAAUGGGAAGAAUGCAGCGUGACAUGUGGAGGUGGUCAACGAAGCCGAUCGCGUGAGUGCAGUGAUCCUGGAAAAUGCGAAGGAGAGGGAAAACAAAUCGACGGUUGCAAUUCACAUGAAUGUAUAAGUGAAUCGUGGAGUGACUGGACCCCUUGUUCGGUUACCUGUGGCAGUGGAUUUCAGACGCGUGAACGUCUCUGCAAUGGUGUUGCAUGCGAAAACGGACACAGAGAAGCAAGAACAUGCAGUCUUAAGGAUUGUACGACCAUGGAAGAAGCAUUCUUGUGGGACGAUUGGUCAGAAUGGUUCCCAUGUUCGGAGACAUGCGGCGAGGGCAUACAGAUUCGGCAAAGAAACUGCAUCACAGGAAACUGUCCAAGUGACGACCGAUCAAUAGAUCAACGUCGAUGCGUACUUCAGCCGUGCCCACAGUGGUCAUCCUGGGGUCAGUGGUCUUUGUGUGAAACUUGUGAUGCGAAUGAGACUCGUCAAAGGAAACGUGUUUGUGAAGUUGGACUUGUUCGUGCAGGAGAGGUGACUGUUGAAUGUAAAGGUGAUGCUAAAGAAACAGAAUCUUGUGAGACAACGUGUAACAUCGUUGCGCGUGGUGUUAAAACGAAGAAUGUGGAAAAACCGAGCAAAGUGACCGACAAAAAUGCAGUCAGCUCAUCAAAGUCUAAGUCGAACAGUGUUUAUGAUAAUUGGCAAGAAUGGAGUCAAUGUACAGUCUCGUGUGGUGGUGGAACUAGGCAUAGAUUACGAGAUUGUAUCAAAGAUGAGGAUUGCUUGGCGCAUGGGCCAUCUAUUGAAAUCGAGCCAUGCAAUGAACUGAAGUGUGAAUAUGAACCGAGAUGGAGUGAGUGGAGUGGAUGGUCACAGUGCAGUUGCUUUACGAUGAAUCAGUUCCAAAGACGCUAUUGUGAAAUUCUCGAUCCGGCUGUUCAAGGAUUCUGCGUGGGACCAGCAAUAAAGCAACGCUCAUGCACACCCACUUCUUGCUUGUCAGAAAAUGGAGAAUGGUCAGAAUGGAGCUCGUGGAGUAAAUGUUCAAGAGAAUGCGGAUCCCCAGGACAUCAAGUUCGCAAUAGGAUGUGCUCAAAUCCAGUUCCAUCGAAUAGAGGCUCACACUGUAUCGGAUACUCAUUCGAUCAACGGGUUUGCACGCCGAACGUUGCCUGUGUUGGAACUCCGGUGAAUGGCGCCUGGAGCGAGUGGUCUGAAUGGUCGUCCUGUUCUGACAACUGCACAACCGGUCAUAAAACAAGAACGAGGUUCUGCUCGAACCCACCUCCUUCAAACGGUGGAACUACGUGUUACGGUUCUGAUUAUGAAUUCACACCAUGCAGUGACCAUUCAUCCUGUUCAAAAUCUGAAAACGGUGCAUGGGGAGAGUGGUCAUCAUGGAGCGAUUGUUCAGCAACCUGUGGCUUUGCAUUCCAAUCAAGACACCGAUUCUGCGAUAAUCCUCGACCGCUGGCGAAAGGAAAGCCUUGCUUCGGUUUAGCAUAUAUGACUUCAUUGUGUAAAACUGAUUUUUGCAAAGGAUCAGUUGAUGGUCAGUGGUCUUUAUGGAGUGAAUGGACGUCUUGUGUUGCUAACUGCGGGACUGGAUCGAAAACAAGGAAACGAACAUGCACAUCGCCGUCCCCAACAAAUGGCGGUUAUCCAUGCUUUGGACGUUCCUCGGAGGCAUCCGAAUGUAAAUCAGAAGAUGGAUUUGCUUCUGGUGAUGAUGUUGUUUGUUCGAGUGCAAUCGCAAAUGCACGAUCACUUGAAGAAGAAGAGCAAAAAUUCUUACCGAUUAGCUAG